UCCCUGUUUUCGUUUCUCUUUACAUACAUAAACAAGAAAAUGGAGGAAAAGAUGGUUAGAUAUGAUAUUUAAAACUAUCUUGGAAGAGGUGGUUGCAAAGAGUUUAAUAUUUGGUCACAGUGAUCUGGUCAGUGCAUUAGCCUGUGCUUGUGUUGGCUUGGAAAAUCAGUCUGCUGUAAUCAGUGCUGCUGAAAAUGGGGAAUUGUGUCUUUGGGAUGUGGAUGAUGGACUUUGCAUACAAACAAAUACCAUUGCAGGAGCACACACAAGUUUAUUGCCAUUCCAUGUUUCCACUGGGGGUAAUAAGGAGUGGAGGGUUGUUUGCCAUGGAUAUUAUCUUGAUGUCUAUGUUGUGGAUGUUCUUACUUUAGAGGUGCUGUAUACGCUAUCAUCCAGUGCAUCCUCAAAUUGGUUAGCCGCAGCUUGUGUGGUUAGACCACCGCGCCGUCAAGAGGAUGUUCUUGUUGGAAUAACGCUUUCGGGAACAGUGAAAAUAUGGCCAUUAAAAAGAAAUCCAGAAAAUAAGGCAAUAGAAGCAAUGUAUGAUCAAAGUUUAUCUCAGAUGGCUGGAAUGAAAGCACUUCAUGUUGUUUGCAAUCCAUUCUCACAGAGAACUAUACUCAUUGUCUCAGCAAAACAAUGGCAGAUGUACGAUGUCAGUAACUUCCAGUUCUUAACGGCCAUGUCAGCGGGAUCUGCUGAGACCUGGUCUGCAGCUGACUUUGUUCAAAGCAAUUGUGUUCUUGUUUGGUCAAAGAUAGGAAAAGCCUAUAUGUACAGACUGCCUCAGAGAUGUUGCCCAGAAAAACAAGUUAUUCCAGCAGGGCAAGUUUCAAUCCGACAACAAGACAGAGAUGGUCAACCUGAAUUGAUUUACACAUUUCAAAAUCAAGGUCAAAAGAAAACAUUUAACGGUUCAAGAAUGAUGUUUUCUUUUGGCCGACGAGAACCGUUUCACAAAUUAAUCGUGGAAGGAAAUGCAAGUGGAAGAGUGAACAUUUGGCGCAUCGAUCAAAUCGUUAAAGAACUUGAGAACAAUGGAGGUCAAAAUUUUGGGAAACCUCAUGAAGCAAUUCCUUGUAGUGAAACGGGUAGUUUCAUCGAUGUCUGGCUAUCCUCAAACAAGCCUUGUGGCUUGCUCGAUUCAUUGGACGGCCGACGAAAACCCGUGAAGAUCACGUCAAGCUUGUUUUUGGCGGCUCAAGGAAGAAUCGCGUGCGGUCGUCAAGAUGGGUCCAUUAUCAUAAUCUCCGCCACCAAAGCCGCCAAAACGCAGUUCAUGAUGGAAAACAACACUGAUCCAGCUGCAUGGCCGAAAUAUCAGAAGCUGAUUGGUCAUCGAAGUAAGGUCACGUGCCUUCUGUAUCCAUACGGAGAGUAUGACCGAUAUGCCCCCGAGCAGUUCGUGUCUGGGUCAGCAGAUUUCACGGUCAAGUUAUGGAGCCUUACUUCCGGUGCACUGCUGGCGUCGUUUUCAGCCAAUGGCGGAGAGAUACUCAGGUUGACGUGUACACCUCCAGAAAGCAGCGUCCGCAUUCAACACUGUGUGUGUUCGAUAGCCCAAGAUCAUUCUGUGGCUUUGCUAAACUUGCGUGAUCAUCGAUGCCUUUUGCUUGCGUCAUGCCACAGGUUCCCCGUGCAGACUGUGAGAUGGAAACCCGCCGAGGAUUUUCUGAUUAUUGGCCUGUCUGAUGGAAGCGUAUACGUAUGGCAAAUUGAAACUGGAACCCUAGACCGGUAUGUUACUGGCGAUGCUGCCGUGGAAAUCCUGCCUGCGACGAAGAGUCGGGAAAGUUUAAGCAUGGGAGUUUAA